GAUUGUAUCCAAGCUCUUAUACCUCAAGCGCUCAAUAAUUCCUCAAUUUAAAGCUCGUUUAGUGCGUAUGGCAGCACUUCGCUUAGCAAACUGUCAAACGCUGACGAACCAGUGCGAAUUCGACAAUAAGCUAGCAGCAACAGCAGUGAAGUGAAAAAAAUUAUUUAAUACAUGCAAUUUAGCAAAAGUUCAUGCACAAAUUUGUAAAAUGAAUGUCUAAAGUUUUAUAGUAGUGCGUAAGCGUCGCGUCGGUAUGUCUAGUAUGUGUUUGAAUGUUUUAACUACGUGUGCAACAACAAAAUAUUUGUGUACAAAUAAACAAAACGACCUGUGAAAAUAUCGCCCACGCCUUCCUUCCGCUAACCACAGUCACAAUUCACCGUCGCACUGACAGUAGCAGCCACAAGCGCAGUGAAAGCAGUUGAAAAUAUUGAAAGUUACAAAUAUUGCAGCACAUUUUAAUUGGAUCACGGCGACGUUAAAAACACCCACAUCUUCGGAGGUCAUCAGCGUCACCGGCGCAAUGCCACUGGCCGAUUUGAAUAAAGAUUUGCGCCAACAGCAUCAGCUAGGCGUUGGUAUUGCUUUGGGAAAUAAUGCCCACCUGGACAAUGCCAAUGGCGCCUUGGGCCAGCAGCAGCUGCGUCAGCGUAUGCAGAUCACCUCGUCGGGUUGUAGUAGUCUGGCCGUGACACCGAUGGAGCACACACCUACUGAUGAAGAAAGUGGUGGUGUGACCACCGUGACGUCAUCCCAGCGCAGGCAGCAGGCACAGCAACAGCAACAACAUUUGCAACAGGUGCAGCAAACGGCAUUACAGGCUGCAUUAGAACAACAUCACAUCAGCUCCGUUACGGCGGACACGACCGAACUGAUGGAUUUAAGUGAUUCAGAAGGUUAUGCGCCAGCUGCGGGUGAUGGGGAGUUGCGCGAAAAUGAGUUCGAGCUACGCGAAGUUGUAAAGGAAGGUCAUGACAAAGCCGACCCAUCUCAAUUCGAAUUGUUGCGUGUGCUGGGCGAAGGCAGCUUCGGUAAAGUGUUUUUAGUACGCAAGGUUAUUGGCAAGGAUGCAGGUACGCUAUACGCGAUGAAAGUUCUGAAAAAAGCCACACUGAAAGUCAAGGACCGUGUGCGUAGUACAAACGAGCGUAAAAUUCUAGCCGACGUCGGACAUGCGUUUAUCGUGAAACUGCACUAUGCCUUCCAAACACCCGGUAAAUUGUAUUUAAUAUUGGAUUUUUUGCGCGGCGGUGAUCUAUUCACAAGAUUAUCAAAAGAGGUAAUGUUCACAGAGGAAGAUGUCAAAUUUUAUUUAGCUGAAUUGGCUUUGGCACUAAAUCACCUGCACACAUUAGGAAUAAUUUACCGCGAUUUGAAACCGGAAAAUAUUUUGUUGGACGAAAACGGCCAUAUAGCGCUUACUGAUUUUGGUCUGUCCAAGCAACCGUUAGAUGGUUCCAAAACGUAUAGUUUUUGUGGUACCGUCGAAUACAUGGCACCGGAAAUAGUGAAUCGCAAGGGACAUGAUUUUGCAGCCGAUUGGUGGUCAUUUGGUGUAUUGAUGUAUGAAAUGUUGACGGGAAAUUUGCCAUUCCAUGGACAAACGCGUCAAGAAACAAUGAAUCAAAUAUUACGCUCGAAAUUAGGAAUGCCCGAAAACUUGUCGCCCGAGGCGCAAUCGCUUUUGCGUGCACUAUUUAAACGUAAUCCCCAAAAUCGCCUAGGUGCUGGAGAAAACGGAAUACUAGAUAUUAAAGCACAUUGUUUCUUUGCAACAAUUGACUGGGUGAGGCUGGUGCGGAAAGAAGUACGACCACCAUUUAUACCGGCAGUGUCGCGAGAUGAUGCUUUUUAUUUCGAUAUCGAGUACACUUCGAAGCCGCCACACGACUCGCCCGGUGGUCCAAUUUCUGCGUCGGCACAUGAAAUCUUUCGUGGCUUUAGUUUUGUGGCGCCAGUGCUACUGGAUCAAUCUUCAAACAAUUCCAGCCCACUGUCGCCUUACGUGCCCCACGCACACACACCGCAGCGUACUCUGCCCGGUGUGCUGCCUGGCAACUUUCAUUCUGAAUACAAUUUGUUGCAAGAAUUGGGUCGCGGCACAUUUUCCGUAUGCCGUUUGUGUGAGCAUCGCUCAACCAAAAAACACUUUGCUGUAAAAAUUAUUGAAAAGGCAGCGGCAGCAGCGUCGUCAACAUCUGCCGAUUGUUGGGAAGAGGUUGAAAUAAUGCUGCGAUACGGUAAUCACCCAAACAUUGUUACACUAUUCUCAGUGUAUGAGGACGUAACGUCUGCGUAUUUAGUUAUGGAGUUGCUGAAAGGAGGGGAGCUACUCGAUCGCAUACUAGCAGUGGGACAAAUGUGCGAAAGUGAAGCUAGUGCGGUGCUAAGGACGGUUGUGUCAGCUGUGGCCUACCUGCACGAGCAUGGUGUUGUGCAUCGUGAUCUAAAACCAUCGAAUAUGAUUUAUGCCAGCAUGCGACAAACGCCCGAGACUCUAAAACUUUGUGACCUGGGAUUUGCGAAGCAGCUGCGUGCCGACAACGGUCUGCUGAUGACACCGUGCUACACAGCCAACUUUGUAGCGCCAGAAGUGCUGAAACGUCAAGGUUAUGACCUGGCCUGCGAUAUCUGGUCAUUAGGAGUGCUGCUCUACAUAAUGCUCUCUGGCCGCACACCGUUCGCCUCAACGCCAAACGACUCACCUGAUGUGAUAUUAAAGCGGAUAGGUUCCGGACAUGUGGAUUUCACUUCCAGUCGUUGGGCGAUGACCGGCCACGAAGUGAAAGAUCUGCUGCGUCAGAUGCUACACAUUGUGCCAGAGAAUAGACCGACAGCAGCACAAAUUUUGCAGCAACCGUGGCUGCGCGAACAGUUAGCGGGUUCAGUGCGCCUCACAGAGUACGCGAUAAUACCCACGCAAAUGUCAGCCACGAGCGUUAAUACCACAGGUGAAGGAGGCGUGGGCGUGGGACAACCCAACGCCAAUUCGGUGCGCGAAGCAACAGCGGCAUUGCGCGGCGCAGUCGAUGCGACUUUUCGCGCAAUUGCAAUACCCCAAGCGGCAAAUGUGGGACCAGUAGAAUUGUCGAAAUUGGCGAAACGACGUGCCAAAGACCGAGCCAACUUGCACUCGUAAAUUUUUUUGGCGAAAUUUUAAUGAAUCAUAUGCUAGGGGGGGGGCUAGCAGUGGGCCAGAUAAAAGCCAUUUAGUGUGCUAAAUGGAAAUUUGUUUACCAUAAAAGCAGCGUCGGUGCGUGUGUGGAGAAGCAAAUUGCCAUUAUUAUACUGUGGCUCACAUUGUUAGCGUAUUUAUUAAUAAAACAUAUGUCUAGUGGUGAGGUGAAGGCGGGGAGUAAUUAUAUUUUUAGGCGUUUUGUCAGCUUCCUACGCACGACUUCCAGCUGCACAUACACACGACCCGCCCCACCCAAGGGGGUUGAAGCCAGCUGGCGUGCGUUCGUUUGCCUAUGCGCGUUUUUAAGAGCGACGAGAUUUUGCGAACAAACUAAUUAUUUAUUUUAUAAAAUAAUAAGUGUUGUUUGUAUGCGAUUAAAUUUUACAUACAUUUGUAAAUUAUAGACAAGAUAAACAUAAGUAUAAGAAGGGUAUAUUUUUUGCAUAACUACUUACUCAAAAAUAAUGGCCAAAGUUAUAAUGCUUAUCACAACUAACAAACAAAAAUAAUAAUAUUACAAUGUGAACAUUGUACAUACAUAUACAUGUACACGCAGCAAAAGUUGCAACAUAUUCUAAAUAAGUAUUUUCUAAAUCGAUUCAACCACGUUUAGUGUUCGUAGCAGCGAUAAAUAGAUUCAGACAACUUCCCCAAAUCCAAUUCCAAAUAACUUUCUCAUGCCAUUGCCAAAUUGUUGACGUGUGCAACUGGAGCGCUCUGCGUUUAAAAUCAAAAUUUCGCACGAAUUUUACUGAGUAAUAAAUGACCGAACUACAUUAUGUAUAUUAUGUAUUAAAUUAUUGAAUAUGGUAAAAUCGUAGUGAAAUUGAAAUGUGAAAACAAUACGAGAUUGUGAUUUGCCUUUGAGUAUAAGUAUAAAAACACACAUAACACACAAACCUACAUAUAAGUGAGGUGAGCUUAAACGCUCAACAAUUAAUUUGUAAAGACGCAAGUUAUGUGAACAUAUGGAAAGUGAUACUCGUUUUGUAUAUUAAAAAUCCAAUUUGAAGUACUUGCUGUUGGGAGAAUUCGAAGAAAGUAUUUAACUAGUAAUGUAAGUGACUAAUUACGGCAGCAUUGACUGACCGGUGUCUUUCUGCCGAAUAAGCAAGCAUUAUAAUGAGUUGCUGAAUUCUCCUACUCGGCUGCGGUUUCUGUAUUUCCAAAGUCGUGAAUUUAACAGUCGAAAAAUGCCAAGCAUUGCCGCUACUGAACGCAAACUAAAAGCAGAAGAGUUAGUAAAGUUAGUGAACAAAUUAUAUUGGCGCUUGCAUGAGUGUAAUUAAGAUAGAUACCGUUAUAGUUUUAGUGAAUUUAAAUUUGACAUUUUGUAACUCGGCUGUAAUUCGUAUACAUAUAAUCACAGUAUCGCUUCUAACUACAAACAUAUAUACAUAUAUAUAUAUAUAUAUAUAUAUAUUUAAGUAAAUAAUAGAUAACAUAAAAAAGUAAUGAAGGUUUGGUGUUAAUAGUAAUUGCUCGUACAUACACGUGUACAUAUGUAAAUUUGUAAAAAAAUGGUCGCAGAAAUUUACAUAAAAAGCUACGUUAACCUAAAAAAGAAAAAAAAAGCUGAUGUCGGUAUAGUAUUUUAACAACUUGCAUUAAAUAUAUACAUACAUACAUAUAUUAAAAAAGUUCAAUUUAUUAAAUAUGAAAUGCAUAUUGCUAAGCAUAAAUACACAUACGUACAUACAUAGCUACACACAUAUAUAUAUAGCUAUAUAUGUAUAUGGUACGAUUAACUAUUAAAUGUAUAUACAUAUAUUUAGAGAGAAUUUAUAUAAUUACCUAACACAUACUUACCUUGAAAAUUAUGACGUAAUAACUGCAUAAAUACCUACAUAUACCUACAACAUUUGUCGAAAUUUAUAAAGUUGGGUUGUUGGGCGGUCUUUUAAGCUUCGCAACUUCUGUGUUAUAUCAAGUAAUAUUUGCAUAAAAACUGUUGCAAUUUAUACAUACAAAUACAAAAAUAUAUAAACAUAUUUUGUGCAGAUGUAGGCUAACACACACAUAUUUACAUAUACAUACAAACAUGCAUAUGCAUGCCUUUUGCAUAUGUAGCUAUUGUUGAAAUUUGCAAAGAUUUAAGCGAAAAGUAAGUAUAAAAUUGAGAUUUUAGAACGAGCUAAACUGCUGAGCAAUUCGUGCAACAAAAAACGUAUAUAAUGAAUAUAGGAAAUUCAGUGCCAUGAUAAAGUGUCAAGCAAGCGGUCUAACAAGUGGCGAGGGUAAAUUUAUGAAAAAUUAAAAAAAAGAAACCAAUUGUUGUAAACCCUCAUUGCUUUGGAGACCGCAUACUACACACAAACUUACAAAGUAAACCGUAUAAAAUUUGCUUCAAAACACUUUUGUUUCAAUUGUUGGAUCGGGUCUCGUUUUUGAUUGCUUUCUUUACUUGUAGUACAUAAAUUUCACUUAAAAAGCGGGACGUUUUAAACGCUUUCAGCGCAAUAUAAAAAAGAAAUAGCAAUAAGCAUACAUAGAUACAUACAUACAACUUGCCAAGUAGAAUAUUUUAAAUUCUCAAAAGCGGAAAUAUUAAAAGUAAAAAGUAAAAUGAAAAAAGAAGUAUUUCAAAGCAUUAAAAGCAUUUUUCUGGCACUGAUACGACAAUCGCCUUGUCACCUACGCCUGCCAUUUACGAACACAAAACGCAACCUAUGCGCACAAAAAAUAAACAAAAAUAUAUUUAAAAAAAAAUAAUAAUAAUAAUAAAAAUAAGAAAAGUAAACAUAAACGCUAAUUAUCACUUCCUUUCUGCUCGCUGCUGGCUAGCAUUUGUCGUAUCAGCGCUGAAGCACAAACCAAACAGCCAAAUAAAAAGUCUAAUUUGAGUGAAAUAUCUGUGAAAAAACUGCAAAUUUUUGCAACAAGUCGCUUCCAUACAAAAUGUAAAAAAAAAUACAACUAUUGUUUUUUCUAACGUUCAAUUAAGCAAGAAAUUCAAAUGUUUGACAUACAUACAAACAAACGUACGCACAUAUAUUCCAACCCACUAAGUUGUCAAUUCGCUCUACAAUUAUUGUGCAAACACACAUAUAUUUUUAUGCGCCUAACUCACACGCAUACACACACACACACAUGCAUACUUAUGCGUUGUGUAUAUGUAUAUUUUAAUGCAUUUUACAAGAACAAAAACACUCAUUUAAUUGUUAACAUUUUAC